UUGAGUUGCACUUGCCACAUCAUCUCCAAUGCACCGUUGCAUUGGUGAGGCUCUAAAAACAUCCCAUGUCCUUCGAUCUACCAUCGCAGGUUCGUCACCCUCCGAUCCCACACCUGCAGAGAUUUUGUACCCGCUUCCAUGGAUACCCCGCUAGCCUCUUCACUGCCAAUGAGAUAAACAGAUCUCAUCUACUAUUGAACCACGUUCGUCGAUCUACAACAGAAAUUCGCGAAGUACAGAAGAUCUUUCAUCGGUUCAGUAGCGGAAUCUCCAGAGAGAUUGGGAUUUUGGCCAGCGACGGGAUGUGUUCCAUUGCAGCAUCUUUGAACGCCGCUCAUCCAUUUACUCUACCGGCAUGGGAUGGUAUUGCUAGGAUUUCAGGUCCACCCACUCAUUUCUGGGAGCAGAAGAAGAGGAGACUGAAAAAAAGAGAACUUUUGCGAGCAACCGCGGUGGAGGCUAGACCCAGAAAGGUGCCCGCCAUCAGAGAUCGGUCAUCUGACAAUGGCAAUGUUUCAUUGCAAUCUCUGCAACGAAGUGAGGUCACCUCCUCCCCCCUUCGUUCUAGCUGUGAUCUAGCCGACGAUAUGCAAGCUGAAGCUAGUGCAGUGGCGCGUGCAGCAAAUGCUUCAGUUUAUAGCCCCCAACUAUUGUUCAGCAAGUAUGGCUCUCGACCCAUCAAGACAGUGAGCAGAGCAUUCGAGAUACUACUUGGACUAUGUUCAUUUGCCUUAAAACUGUGGCUGGACAAAUUGAACGGCCAUCUCAACCAAAACAGAAGACUGCGUGCAGUUGAGUUGAGGCAGAUUUUCACUAGUUUAGGUCCUACUUUUGUUAAAAUCGGACAGGGAUUAUCCACCCGACCUGAUUUAUGUCCUCCAGAAUUCCUUGAGGAGCUAUCUAAGUUGCAG